AUGGUGAGCUUUUUGAUAGUUUCGAAAAAAGAUCAUUUUCGUUCCAGGCAAACGACCAAGGCUCACUGGCAAAACUGGGAGCGGAACUGGAAAAUCUCGAAAUUUCCGAUAUUCAGGAAGAAAUCGACGAGCUUCUGGUCAAGCUCCGAAGAGCUGAGGAGGAGCAUCAAUCGAGAAAGGCUCAGACGACGGAAAAGGUGCAGGCUCAGAAAAAAGCCAUGGAACGAAAAAAUGGCGGCAAAGAUCUGGAAUUGGUGGAGAAAAGGAACAACGAAGUGGAGGAGCUUUUGAAUAAGCAAUCGAAACAGGAGGAGACCGCGACCCUUCGUCAGAACCAAGCGCACGCCAAGAACCAGCAAGAAAUGCUGCGUUUGGAGGAAGAAGCGACGGAAUUGGCUCAGAGGCUUUCCGAAAUCAAAGAGGAAAUCAGGAACAAACGGCUCGGGACCAGGACGACGAGAAGUGAGCGCAAACGAACGAUCGUUUCGGAGAUUGAGCGAUUCAAGGAGAAAUGCGAGAAGGACCUCAAAGCGAAACGGGUAACGAUUUGAAAAAGCUUAAUCCCGACUUGAAAGACGGGACGCGCAGCGCGUGCGUACGCGGUUCUUAGCGCGAGUUCAAUUCAAGCGCCACCGGCUAUUUAAAAAGCUCGGUCACUGCAAGGUAUAGGGGCAGUAAAAAAGAAAAGCGGUAUCUUCUAUAUUUUUUCUUUCCGAAUCGAACUGUGUACUCAAAAAAUUACAAAUUUGACAACUUUAGAAGAAAAACGCAUUUUUAAAUUUUGAAAAAUGCUUUGGAUCGGUGUACGGACAAGUGUUUACAGUAGCCGUGAACGCGAUGUUGCGGACGUCUCAUUAGACUCGCAUUUUGUGAGAAAUAACCGGAUAUCUGCUUAAAAUUAAGGGUUUCUACUCUAGAAAACCGAUUAAGAAAACAGAAAACACACACCGAUAAUAAAGAAAACACAAAAUAUCGCAAUCCCAAUCGAAACCUGUGUAAAAUCAUCAUUUUUCACCAAUGAAGCAUUUCGCUAACAAAGUUUGCAAAUUUCGCAUAAACAGAAACUUUCAAGGACAAAAAGAACUUCAAAUACAACAGAAAAAAUUGAAAAUUGAAAAAAAAAAAUGAAGAAAAAAAAUCCGAAAAAUGGCGAAGCGUGUUGUCCAUGGAGCAACUUUACUGCAAAGCGCCCUUUUUGGCGGGAACUCAAGCUUUCCUUUCUCCGACUUUGAAUUAUUUUUUCUCCAGAACUAGGAAGUUUUGUACGUUUUCAGGUUCACCGUUCGAUUCGCAAUGAAAAACUCUACAAAGUACCGCUUUGAACUGAAACACCGUUUUUUACGGCCCCUAUGCCUUUAAUGCACAAAUGGGGAGAACCAAUAUAUAAUUCGAUAAGAUCGAUGAACGAGCUUUCAAAAUAGUCGCUGGCGGGUGAUUCGAACUCGUGCCAAGAACCGCGUACGCACACGCUACGCGUCCCAUCUCCCUCGCUUUUUCAAGUCGGGAUGGAUUUUUCAUUCAAAUUCCUUCAAAUAUCUGACUCACGAGGAAGAUUGUCCCGCUUUUGGAUUUUCCUUUGCUAGAAGACUCCUCGAACCUGAAAAUUAUGCUGAAAGUCGCAAUCUCCAAAACUGUCUAGUUUUUAAGAAACAACAGUUCAAAAGUGCCCAUCUUUUUUUUUACGGACUUCUUCGACUUUGAGGUGCCCUGGCUCGAAAACUAGAGUUUUGAGUUUGCUGAAACUUUCAGGAUCAACCCUGAAAAGAAUUCCGGCCAUUUUUUUGAUCGCAGAAUAGAAUGACCUUCCCUGUCUAUCUGGACAAAAAAAAAAAAUCAAGCUCAACGUUUUUUUUAUAGUUUGAGUUCGAAGCAAAAUAAAGAUCUUUCCCUUAAUUUUUUUACAGCUUCAGCUAUGAAAAAUUUUUGAAAUAAUCUAUUCAAAAAAAUUGGAUAUUUGAAAAAAUUCUCACAUUUUGGUAAUGACUUUUUUUGUCGGUGGGGCGGACAUGUUGUCCAAAUAAGCGGCUCAUAUUUCUUCACGAUAACCUCUGAGACCUUGGAUGUACAAAAAUAUAGUUGAAAGCUUUUUGGGCAUUUUCCCGAAUAUUUUCCAUAGAGCACAUUAGCUUUUUUGCACGCGGCCCUAAAUUCGCUCUACUAAUUUCGAGCUUCAUUUUCAUUUCUUUAAUGAAUGAAUAGAUAGUUUCCUUUUCUUUUUCGAAAAAGGGGGCUAGGUCUUCUAUUUAGAUUUUCAGAAAGAGCUGGAAGAUCGGAACAAGGCGUAUAAUAAAGCUCCAGAAGUGGCGAAACUCGUUUCCGAAGGCUUAAACCAACAUAAGGAGCAGAUGAACUUGUUGUGCGCGAUCCGUGAUACACAUGAUCUGCUAAGGAAGCAGUUCGUAGAUGUCGACGUUUCGGUAUGUAUUACUUUUCAGUUCAAUGAACCUUUUUUUUAUCGCACUGCGCUUUCUACUGUACAAUUCUACACACGACUCUCAAACAACCCCUAGGGAUCCAAAAAAGUGUUCCCUAUAGGGAUUUAGGGUCUGAUCCCUUAGCCCCUGAAAACUGUAAACCUCGAAAGUCUCUAAAGAGAUUUAGGGUCUCAUCCCUUAGCUCUUAAUUGCCCCUAUAGGAACCACUCUGGAGCUCCUAAAAAUCAUGAGCCGAAGGGAAAAUGCAGUGGAGCGCGUUUUCCCUUCAGCUUUGUAGGCUGCGUGGAACUCGAAUUUAUUUUCGAAUCGUGAAAAUAAUAGACUUUCAGUUCUCCGCUUAUCUCGACGACAAUAUGAAGGUUGAGGAGCUUGCGGUAAGGUUCCAAUUGCGACAAAAAAUAAGACAACUUUCGAAAAAAGAUCAAUCUGAUGAACUUCAAGCACCCGCUUUCGCAGUUUAGCGAGGUGGUUCGGAGAGCUCGAAGCAAAAUUGAGACUUUUGCGAAUCUCAGGCUCGAGAACAGGAAGGAUCUGACGGUUUAUUGGAGAGACAGAGCUCAAAGUAUUGAUUUGUUACUGUUCAGGGGAAAAUCGAAACGCUCAAUGAGUUGUGCCGAAAGAUUGAAAUGCUGGUGGUUUCGCUCCGUAGAGAUGCCGAGGUAAGUUCUUUCAAACGAUCUUUGGAAAUAAUUAUCUCGAAAAGUUUCUGAUCAAACAGAAGUGUACGGCUUCCUAAAAGUGCAUUACCUAACACGGGAAGUGCGAAAGGGGGUAUUGGAAUUUAAUGAAACUUGGUAUACAGGUACUUCCGAACACCUUGAAUCCAAAGCAGUUGAAAAAAAGUGCGCUUUUUUGGUUCUAGUCGAGUAAGGGCGCCUCAAAGUUUGCCCGCAAAAACACAUUGGAUGGAAAGAUGUGUUGCGGCUACAAACUCCAGCAGCCAGCAGGCGGCGUGGUAUAGUGGCUAGCGGCUUUGCGCUGUGGAAACUAUGAUGAAGGUUCGAAUCCUUUUGGGUGCAGUUUAUUUUUGCCAUUUUUUUCUUGGAAAAAAAUGAUGAAGUUUCCUAGACGGAUCGAAAAAAAACGUUGAAAAUGUUGAAAUUCGCCAUUUUAUGCCGUUUUGAGCAAAAUUUUCGAAAGAAAAUUUUUUUGUUCUAUAUUUUUUUCAGGCUCAAUUUUCCUCAAUAGACAGUAAGAAUUUUCAUCGAAAAAUUUUGUUGGAAAAUAUAUUGGAAUCCUGUUUAAAAACGACAUAUUUCAACAUUUGAAGCGUUUUUUUUUUUCAAUAUCUUCAAAACUUCAUCAUUUUUUCCAAGAAAAAAAUUGGCAAAAAAAUAAUGCACGAAAAAAGAUUCAAACCUUCAUCAUAGGCUCCCCAGCGCAAGGCCGCUAGCCACUACACCACGCUGCCUGCUGGCAGCUAGAGUUAGCCCGCCGCAACACAUUCCCUCCUCCCUUCCAAUGCAUUUUUUGCGUGCGAACUUUGAGGCGCCCUAACUCGACUAGAACGAAAAAGGUGCACUUUUUUUCAACUUAUUUGGUUUCAGGGUGUUCCGAAGUACCUAUAAACCAGUUCUCAUUAAAUUCCAAUACCUCGACCUUUUGCACUUUUUUUGUAAGGGGGUAUUUAUUUAUUUUUGAUUGAAAAACUACGCGCUGGGGAAGUCGUUAAUGAUUCGGCGCCGUAACAAAACAUGUAGCUCUUUAAAAAAAUUUUUCGGAGGAAGGUACUUUUUGAGACGCCUAGAAUCUCAAGAAAACAGGAAAAAUUUCUGUCAUUUCAGGCUGGGACCAAAAUCAGCGUGAAAUACAGCCAGGAAUUGCGAGAAUUGAUGAGAGCGCUGGAAGCGGCUGCCAACCUUUCGGUGAUGGACGAUAUCAACGCGGAUGAGUACCUCAUGAUGAGCUUGGAAGGCCGAGGAAUUCAUGACCCUUCCGGAUUUUUGGCCAUCACUUCGGUAUGGUUCAUUCACAUUCACAUGGUGAAUCCAAAGGUUGCAAAUUAGUACUGAAGGUGUGCAUAUGAUCCUUUAAUAAGUCAAAAAAGCUGUUGGAAUGCAGUCGGUUGUUCAAAAAGUCGAUUGUACCCCACCAUUCGCGACUUGCGCUAAAGUCGAUUGUGCCCGACCAUUCACGACUUGCGCCAAAGUCGAUUGUACCCGAACAUUCACGACUUGCGCCAAAGUCGAUUGUGCCCGAACAUUCUCGACUUGCGCUAAAGUCGAUUGUGCCCGACCAUUCACGACUUGCGCCAAAGUCGAUUGUGCCCGACCAUUCACGACUUGCGCCGAAUUCGAUUGCGCCCGACCAUUCGCGAUUUGCGCUAAAGUCGUUUGCGCCCGACCAUUCGCGAGUGGCGCCUCGUUCUCUUUUUAAGGUUGUCUCUUGCUCUAUGUGAGGACUUGAAGGUCGGAGAAAAUUGAACUCCUAGAUUCAAUCAGCACACCUUCAGCUCAUUUAUUGCUGCCAACAUAAUCAUGAACUUUUUCCAGAACCCCAGCGACCAUGCAAAAGGACAUUUCGCCAUCAGAGAAGACUAA